CGCGGCGCUGGGUGCGCGGCGGCUGCCUUAAUGGCGGAGCUGCGGGAGGGGCAGUGCCUGCCGGCUGUGGGAGAGAAGGAUGUCGGCUGGCGGUGCAGCCGUUCCUGUCACGUCCGCGGCUAUCACGGGCUGUCCUAGUGCUCCAAACCCUUGUUAUUUUUUAAGAGGCCGAGUGCAGGAACGGCUCGGAGAAAGGAAUCCUUAGUUGACACCUGAUGGGAGGGUAGAAUGUGCUCUGCUCAUCUUCAUCCCGCAGAGACAGCUUCAGUGGCGUGUGUGGGGGAUGUUCCGCAGCCUUCAGCUGAGGGGCACGAGCUGUGUAUGGAGAAGGGAUUUACUUGAGGAGCGUUUGCUGCUUGUGAAAACACAUGGGCAUUGACUCCGGAGUGAGGGUGCAUGACCCGAAAAGGACACAGAUGGCCCCAGCUCCUCAAAUCUGUUUGUAGUGAGUAGGACCUGGCCUUACAGCAGGAAGGUGGUUACAGGAGCCUUAGGUAGUACUGCUUGGCCCGAAUAAACUGGCUACUUUAUUUUCCAGUAUCUAGAAGGGAGAAUUUAUAUGUUUCUGAAGCUGAAAGUUACUUUGCUUCUCCAUGAGAACUCCAUUGCUUUGGUAGGGGGGAAUUUUUCUUUUUUUAAACAAAGAAGCAACUACUAGAUAUUGAUGCUUCUAAUGUACCUACCCACUUCUUGCUACAGUACUGUCUGUUACUGCUGCACCUUUUCUUGGAUGGAACCAUAAAACCUACCAUAAAACCUAGCAGCAGUGUCAGAAGAGGCAGAGGUGCCCCCAACCAUCCCAACAGUCCAUCCCUGGGCAUAGAGAGGAGACCACCUCUCAGCAACAGCUGGUUACUAGAUCAGUGAAGCUGUAGCAAACCCACAGCCUUGGAAACCUAUAGCUUUGGAGAGUUGGAGCUUGAUGAUCUUUAAGGUCCCUUCCAACCUAAGCCAUUCUAUGAAACACUGACAGCUACAAGAAGAAUGCCUGUAUGAGCUACAGAUGCACUGCACCAACUGGAAUGCUGUCUCAUGUUUUUUUUUUGUUUUUUUUUAAUUUAAGUGCGUGCACAAAACAAGAUUGCAUCACUGAGCAUGAUAUGGGGUUCCAAUUCAGAAGGUACUUUAUCUCUUAAGCUACAAUAAACAUUUAUAAAAUAGCUGUCACAAAAUUGUUCAGUUUGAAUAAAAAUACAGUGAUACUGCAUUUCACAUCUAAACUGAUUUCUUACACGUUCUUUGUAAAUUCUGAAUUGACGGGAUUUUAAUUCUUUUGAUUAAAAUAAAACAAUACCCUUUGUCAGCUGUCAAACACACAGUGAAAUGUUAUUCAUUCAGCUGAUGCCAUGAUCUGAGAUGAUACACAAUGAUACAGUUAACUUAUCAAACUGUACUUGUUGAUGUAGCUCCACUGUGGGACAGUGCCGACUAAACAAAACCCUUUUUCGUGAAUGCUUGUUCAAUCCUGGCAUUCAUCUUGGGCCAUAACAAGAAGGUAUCUGUUUCCCAGGGCAUAGCAUAACAAGCAUUUAAGUGCUGAAGGAAAGGGGAAAAAAAAAAAAAAAAAAGGAAAGGGGGACAGUUUGCUUUGGAAAAGAAAAAUAGCCCAGCAAGGUCUGGGACUUCCUCUGCUAAAUGGCUUUGUCACAGCAGAUUACCUUGAGCUGAAGUUUAGCAUCCCUUUGGACAGUCAUACAAGAACAGCUUGGUAUGACCUUUGCUCAAUUGUCUUUGAAGUAAAAGAGUGGGAAUUUCACUGCGCAGCUCCAAGCCACUCAAGGUUCUCUCAAGGAAAGUGUGAUAAGCUACAGGAAAAAGCACGAGAGAAGCACGGUAAUGAAGAUGGUAGGCAGCCAAAAGCACAGUGCAGAAGAGGAAGCUCAGAAAACCUGCGCUCCCAGAUUUCAACGAAAGACUCUGACAGCACCUGCCCCAUUUGCAGAUGAAACAAGCUGUCAGUGCCGAGCGCCCCAUGAGAAGCUAACCAUUGCACAAGCCCGCCUGGGAACACCAGUUGACAGACCUGUCAGAGUGUAUGCAGAUGGGAUAUUUGACCUCUUCCACUCUGGCCAUGCUAGAGCUCUUAUGCAAGCCAAAACUCUAUUCCCAAAUAGCUACUUAUUAGUAGGAGUUUGCAGUGAUGAUUUAACUCAUAAGUUCAAAGGCUUCACUGUGAUGAAUGAAACGGAGAGAUAUGAAGCCCUCAGGCACUGUCGCUAUGUGGAUGAGGUCAUCAGAGAUGCACCCUGGACGCUAACACCAGAGUUCCUUGAGAAACAUAAGAUCGACUUUGUAGCCCAUGAUGACAUCCCAUACUCCUCUGCUGGCUCGGAUGAUGUAUACAAGCACAUAAAGGAGGCAGCUACCUGCCGCAGUGCGUGGUCCUGCCGUGCUUUCCCAGCUGGCUUUCUUUUCCCACUUUGCUCAGGAAUGUUCAUACCAACGCAGAGAACUGAGGGUAUCUCAACAUCAGAUAUAAUCACAAGGAUUGUCCGGGACUAUGAUGUGUAUGCCCGGCGCAACCUCCAACGAGGAUACACCGCCAAAGAGCUGAACGUUAGUUUUAUCAAUGAGAAGAAAUAUCGCUUUCAAAACCAAGUGGACAAAAUGAAAGAAAAAGUAAAGAACGUAGAGGAAAAAUCGAAAGAAUUUGUUAACAAGGUGGAAGAGAAGAGCCAUGAUCUCAUUCAGAAAUGGGAAGAAAAGUCCAGGGAAUUUAUUGGCAACUUUUUAGAGCUGUUCGGACCCGACGGAGCCUUGAAGCAGAUGUUCCAGGAACGAAGCGGCCGAAUGCUGCAGGCUUUCUCUCCACGGCAGAGCCCAACCAGCAGCCCUACGCGAGGCCGCUCACCGUCCCGCUCGCCGUCCCCACCGUGGGUCUUCAACAAAGCCUCCCCACCCUCUUCUCCUAAAGCUGCCUCCGCCUCCCUCAGCAGCAUGAGCGAGGGAGACGAGGAUGAAAAGUAAAACACAGAUAUAUUUUUUUAACCAUGAGACAGAAGAACAAGCUAUGGACUCAACCGCUGGAUGGGGAGAAGCGUGAGGAACAUCUGGGGUAUCUCUGACAGCAGGGAGCGUGCUCUGGGAGAUGUUGGAAAUGGACUGGAGCACAGCAGGGGAGAUCUCAGGAAGAGCGUAUCCCAUCCCCGCUCCCUCGCAGUGCCUGGAGGCCCCACCGGCAGCAUUUGCCUGGCACGGUGCCGGGGACCAGCAGAAAAGCAUCCGCCUGCGAGCGAGCUCCUGUCCAUGUGCUGCUGCUUCCUGCUGCUGGGGGCUGGCCGGAUCGGGGGGACCUGUGCCGAGCAGGGCGGGCAGGAGCCGCGGUCCUCCACAGUCCUGACCCAGCGCGUGGGCACACAGCUGCGGCUGGUGGAUGGAGAAGUUGGACCCUGCUAACCCUGAGCUCUUCCAGCACGCGAAGGAAGGGCGUUGCUGCAGCAAAUAUAUUCAGAAACAGGAAACGAGCCUUCUUUUUGAAUGAAACCCACCCCAGACCUCGAAUCGUGCCAGCAAAAUGGAGAGCUGUCCAGCUGAGCAGAUGGAAAUUCAUUUGAUACAUUCGAGCUGCUGAAUGUUGCUUGUUGACCAAGCCUCUGUUCAGGGCAUACGUAAAGAUUCCGGCUGUACAAACACCCUGAGCUUUAUCAAAUCUUUCUCCGUGUUCCUAGUGCCUGAACAGCUAUGUUGCAGCCUCCACUCCCUAGGUUCGCACUUUGGAGGCAAGAAAGUAAGCGAAGACCAUCCUAGCUAGAAUUUCUUGCAGUGGGAAAUAACUGGUCUGAGGAGUGGCAUUUUCAGCUGGUGAAUGGUAAUAACGUACGUGGAGUCCUACCGCCCAGAAACAGACCGACCUCUCCUGGAAACCCCGCUGCUCCCAGACAUCACCCUACGGCAAGACCAGCAGUGCCGCCGUCCUCGUGUGCUACUGAUCUAGUUCAAAGAAAUUUCGCAUGAAACUCUGAACCAAGCGUGUCCAUAGACAUGCUGUCCCUGCAUGCGGUGCUGGGGCCAUUCCUCUACCCUGAUACGGAGAAGAGGCUGGAAAAAACAAUGGAAGCCCUUUAAGUGGGCUUAGGCACUGGGAUUUUCUUUCUCUUGCUGUGACAUUUUUAUGUCCCCAAGCAGAACUACAGAAGUAGCACUAGGGAAGCUUUCUCCUCUCCCCAAUGCACACUCUGAUCGCCUCCAGCUUGGCAAUAACUCGCCUGCCUUCCUCCUGGCUCUACCAUGCAGCCCCUCAGCUGGCGCUUGUCCCCUGGCAUUGGAACAGGCUGCCCAGGGAGGUGGCGGAGUCACCGUGGAGAUGUGGCACUGAGGGGCAUGGUUAGCAGGCUUGGGGAUGGAUCAGUGGUUGGACUAGAUGAUCUUAGUGGUCGUUUCCAAUCUUAAUGAUUCUAUGAUGUGUCUUGGGGAAUGCUUUGCCAGACAACCCUGACUACCACAAGACCCAGUAACUAUCUCAAGGCGUGCAUUGCCUUCUGGAGCCCAGCUGGCUCCUCCGUCACAGAGCUGCAAAAAGAGGUGAGCAGGGAACAGGACUAACGCUGCGUUCAUGAGGAAGUGCAUGAGGAGAGCCGCAGCGAGCUCAGCCGUGCACCUGGUGGGAUGAUGCAAUUAAGACCUUUCUCGGCCUUAGGCAACCUGUUACUGUAAUUUCAUACCUGAGAUGCACUCGUUAGUUUUUCUGAUCCUUUGCAAGUCUAAAGUCUUCCCAUCACAAACCACUCCUCCACCAUGGGAACUGUCCGCUCGCUACUGGUGCUGUUCAUACAACGAGCCAUGUCCAAACACAAUGGAGGUGGGCAGGUUUUUCCUUGUUCUUGAGUUUUACUGUUCGUUUUAAUUUCAUCACGCUCCCUAUUCAGCAGUCCCCGGUCAGUGUUUGGGGCGGAAGACAGCAUCCAUGACGUGUGGGUGGGGCUGGAGAGAAACUCAGCAGAGUGACCUCUGCCUGGCAGAAGCUCUUUCUCGGUCCCAGGUGGCAACCCAGUGACAAAGCCAUAUCCUGUACCAGGCAUCCUUUGCCCACGUAGGACAUCAAUAAGGCGAAGCCUUUCCCCUGCUGGUACAGACACCAAUAUCCAUAAUGCUAUCUCCAGCAAACCAGAACCUCAUUGUCUUUGGACACGUGGAAGGCAAUUUUGCACUUCUGAGUCAUGGUUGGCUUUUAUUUUUCAUGAGUGUUGCUUUAAUUCAGUCCUAUUUAUUGGCCAAGCUCCACAUGAAAAAUAAACGGUGUACAACAGAGAUUUCUGCCUCUCACCUUCAUUUUAUAGCAUGUUGGGGCACACCAACACAACUCCUGGCACAACCCCGCUGACAGCACAGCACUUGUCACCUCCACCCUUUGUACCUCCCCACUUCACACCCCUAAACAUCUCCGACCUGCCCAACAUCUGCUGCUCGUGUUCCUAGUGCUGCUCACAGGAACCCCUCUCACAUCCUCCCCCAGCAGCAGCUGUGGUGCUCUGCGUGCCAGGCCAGCUCACAGGUGCACCAGGUUCCUGCAGAACUGCAGCAGCAGAUGUGAGCCACAGAGCAGCUGCUGACACUGCCCCGUGGAUUCGGCUCUUCUCCUGCAGCUCGGUCAGGCUGAACCUGCACGUUCUGCCUCACCACCUUCUUACAGAAAAGAUGGAAGGGAAAGAGUUAUUGGUACUGCAGCAGCUGCAGAAAUUUGUGUUUAUUACGUUUUUUUCCUCUGACAGUUCUGCGUUAGGCAGAGAGCAGCUGAAGCAGCAGACAAGGUGCUAGGACUUCCCAGCUGAGACAUUUAAUUACGGAAUAAGUCCAAACUUCAAAGUUGCUCAGCACAGCAGAGGAACUGUUGGAAGGCCCCCACCAAAACACCCCCUGGCAAUGCGAGCUUUGUUGCUGAAGAUGGAUUUGGGGCAGUUUUGCACGGUACCCUGCAGCACAUGGGAGACAGAAGACAUCCCCAGAGGAAGGUCUCCCCUGAACAUCCAUACGAGUGCAUAUGAACCAGGCAGGAACCUCUGAAAUACGAAGAAGCAGAAAUUGUUUCCUGCAGCACACGGCAGAGAGCUCCUGUUCCAGCUCUCACAUAACAGAUUCGCUUACUUUUAAAUCCCUCCAUCAUUUAAGCAUGAAAUAUGAUGGUGCGAGAUCACUCGUGUAAGGUUAACUCACAAUACUCCAGCAAGAUAAACAUUUUAAAACCAGAUUAUAACAUGUGUAUAUUAACCAUUAUUUCCAAAUGCUGUGGGGACUGAAUUCUCAAAAGAAAAAUUCUCCUAAUCUGCACCCAGCUGGACUACUGAAGAAGACAACCCGCCGUCCUGUGUGUAAGCGUACGAAGGCAGGAACAUUCAAAGGGAAAAUCCUACAUGAAGGCAUUAACCAGGCUGCAUGCACAACUGACAUCUCUCAUGUAUUUCAGAUUCUAAACCCAGCUUUGUUACAAUGAAUUAUGGCCCCAGCAGCAAACUCUGGAAUUUUUAAGCCUAUUCCAUCAUUUUCUAAUCAUGUUUCCCUACCAACAAACCCCAUGCAUCAGUAAAAUUAAGUAACUGAACUGCAAAGCCAUCACCCACUUGAGAAAGGUGAAUUAUAACCUCCUCUUUACAGAGAAGAGGCUUUGAAACCCAACAGCACUUCAGUACAUGCCAUAGGAGCCUCUGGAUUUCUCAUUCCAAAAAUAAUGCAGAACAGGAGUAGGAGCCCCAUAACUUCACUAUUUAUCCAAACUUCAGAUAACUGCGUAUCAUCAGUUCACAAGCUGAAAGGUUUCACUUUUGUCAGUGUCCUCAGCACCACUGCAUUAUCUGAUUAAAAGCCAAAUACCAGAAUAAAACACGGAACUAUCCCUUAUUGAGCAGCCAGGAGGUUUGCGUGCUUUGCCGAAUGGCUCAGCUGCUCAGCCAGAAGCAAAAAGCUAAGAGCUUGCCUCCUUGAGCGCUGACGGUUGCAUCAAGCACCAUGACAAUGUGUCCUCGCACACCAUGAACGACCCAGGUGCUUCCAUUCUCCCCUGUGAAACGCAGCGUUGGGCAAGUUGGCAUUCCUCACGGUGACGUGCAUCAGAGUGCUCCUCAACAAAGUGCAGUGCCAACUUCUGGAGAACCCAAGCGAGCCUUGCCAGCACCGAAACAAUGUUCAGUACUUUAUUUACAGGGACGCUUCUUCCCAACAAAAGUUUUAAAAUAAUUUUCUUUUGGAUGAGUUUGUCUCGGGUCUAACAAAACGACAACCAACCCGAGCCUCACUCCUUAAGGAAAAAGUGAGUUACGCUCAGCAGGCCCAGGUAUUUCCCUUCCCUGCUUAAUAACUAACUUUGCUUUUAAUUUUCUUGUAAGAGUUACAAGCACUCAUAAAUCUUAAUGGAAAAAGUCUCCAGGUGGAAGCCCAGAAUAUGAUUUCAUAACAGACAUUCCAAGCGCCAAGAAUAUCUCAUGCAUUUCGGUUUCAGGGAAGGUUUACAUAGCAGGAAAAAGAGGUGCUCACGUGCUUCAAGGAAAACACAAGACGAUAAACCACUGCUGCACACAGACAGAACAAUCCAACAACAGGGCUUACAAAACCCACUGUCACUCCAUUUGUUCCGUUGCUUAAUUGUUAGGAAACCAAGAAGUUCCAGAAGUGGGGAUGAGUGGAAGAGGCAAUCCAUAGCACUGAACACUGUAGCGUACAUCCUACUCCAUAGACAUAACAGAGGUGCCUGAGGCUGCAGGCCUAACACUCCCUUUAGUUACUGGCAUUCAUAGAAUCAUAGAAUGGCCUGGGUUGAAAAGGACCUCAAAGAUCAUCGAGUUUCAACUCCCCUGCUGAGUGCAAGGUCGCCAACCACUAGACCAGGCUGCCCAGAGCCACGUCCAGCCUGGCCUUGAAUGCCUCCAGGGAAGGGGCAUCCACAACCUCCCCCAGGCAACCUGUUCAUCUAUCAAACCCAUUAGUUACUCACUCUGUAAGUGACCCAGUCUUGAUCAGCGAGGGCUGCAGAGCCAAAAGGAAGAAAGCACCCUUACAGAACAACACGGUGAGCCGAGGAGCCACAACAGUUCCAGACGUACUUCCCAUGCAGAUGGUACCCAGCUCCUUAACUCUGCUCCUUUGCUUUCCAGUUCUAACAUCUGUUCUGCUUAUGAACCUGUGUUCCCCCCAAAAUAAAAAUAAUCUGGAUAACAAA